AUGAGCGCACUCCAAACUCGCGGCGCUACCAUGUCGCGCAAGAUACGCAUCACUAUCGUUGCUGCCGACUCGCUGAUCAAGCGGGACAUUCUGCGGUUACCCGACCCGUUUGCGAUUGUGAGCGUGGACGGGGAGCAGAUCCACACCACCUCUCCCAUCAAGCGCACGCUCAACCCGUACUGGAACGAAAACUUUGACAUUACGGUCAAGGACAGCAGCGUGGUGGCUGUUCAGAUCUUUGACCAGCGCAAGUUUAAGAGAAAGGACCAGGGCUUCCUUGGCGUAAUCAAUGUCAAGGUGUCAGAUGUGCUCGACCUCGAGCUAGGUGGUCAAGAGAUGCUCACACUCGACCUCAAAAAGGGUUCCGAGAACGUUACUGUCAACGGCAAACUCGUCAUCUACCUCUCCACCCACACAAACCAGCCCAUCCCCAACCCUGCCCCGUCGAACCCUCCAACCCCCGUAGUGCUUCCCAGCAUCCCGAGCGCCCCGCCCUCGGCGACCAACAGCACCAACAAUGUCCCCACACCCGAGCCUCCAAUCAGUCCUGCGGUCACCCACCAGCAGCCCCAAGUCCCACUGCAGGCCCCACAACAGCCGGCCCAGACAACGCCAACACCCCCAGUGGUGUCUCCGCAGUCGCAAGCCCAUCAGGCUGCUGCAGCAAUUACAGCUGGCACCCACCAGCAGCCAUCCGCCCAGUUCGACUCCCGCUCGGACCAGCUUGGGCCUCUGCCGCCUGGAUGGGAGCGUCGCAUUGACCACCUUGGCCGCCAGUACUACGUUGACCACAACACGCGCACAACGACUUGGAACCGACCAUCCACAGACCAGUCGAGCAACAACUCUGCUCGCAUCGCCGACGACAACGCCGCCCGAUCGCGUCUCAACAACCGCCUCCUGGCUGACGACAUUUUGGAUGCGCAGCCAGGCACUGAUGGUUCGCACACGCCCAACAGCGCGCAACAGCAGUUCGGCCAGGGGAUUCCCGUCAACCAGCAGACUACUGUUGGCUCGGGGCCCCUCCCGGCAGGCUGGGAGCAGCGGUUCACACCCGAGGGCCGACCAUACUUUGUUGACCACAACACUCGCACGACCACAUGGGUCGACCCUCGUCGCCAGCAGCUGCUGCGCGUGAUUGCGCCCAACCAGCCUGGCAUGACUGUCCAGCCCCAGACUGUCAGUCAGCUUGGGCCCCUUCCCUCGGGCUGGGAGAUGCGCCUCACCUCAACGGCGCGUGUGUACUUUGUGGACCACAACACCAAGACAACGACCUGGGACGACCCCCGUCUGCCGUCGUCGCUCGACCAGAACGUGCCGCAGUACAAGCGCGACUUCCGCCGCAAGCUCAUCUACUUCCGUUCGCAGCCAGCGCUUCGCUCCAACACGGGUCAGUGCCACAUCAAGGUGUCGCGCGAGAACAUCUUCGAGGGCUCGUACACUGAGAUUAUGCGCCAGUCGCCCAACGACCUGAAGAAGCGCCUAAUGAUCAAGUUCGAGGGCGAGGACGGUCUCGACUACGGAGGUCUGUCGCGUGAAUUCUUCUUCCUCCUCUCCCACGAAAUGUUCAACCCCUUCUACUGCCUCUUCGAGUACUCAGCGCACGACAACUACACGCUCCAGAUCAACCCCAACUCGGCCGUCAACCCGGAGCACCUGAACUACUUCAAGUUCAUCGGCCGUGCCGUCGGUCUCGCCAUCUUCCACCGUCGCUUCCUUGACGUCUACUUUAUCGCCUCGUUCUACAAGAUGAUCCUCAAGAAGAAGAUCACUGUUGCUGACCUCGAGUCGGUCGACCCCGGUCUCUUACGAGGUCUCACUUGGAUGCUCGAGAACGACAUCACCGGCGUCAUUGAGGAGACGUUCUCGAUCACCGAGGAGCACUUUGACGAGAUUGUCACAAUCGACCUCAAGGACGGUGGCCAAAACAUCGACGUCACGGAGGGCAACAAGAAGGAAUAUGUUGAGCUGGUGACAGAGUACCGCAUCCAGCGCCGUGUCAGGGAGCAGUUCGAGCAUUUCAUGAGCGGCUUCAACGAACUCAUCCCGCAGGAGCUCAUCAACGUCUUUGACGAGCGCGAGCUCGAGCUCCUCAUCGGCGGUAUGUCCGACAUUGACAUGGACGACUGGCAGAAGCACACCGACUACCGCGGAUACAACCCCAGCGACGAGGUCGUCGACUGGUUCUGGAAGAUUGUGCGCUCGUGGCCCGCCGAGCGCAAGUCGCGUCUCCUCCAGUUCACCACCGGCACGUCGCGUAUUCCUGUCAACGGCUUCAAGGACCUGCAAGGCUCGGACGGCCCUCGCCGCUUCACUAUCGAGAAGGCCGGCGAGAUCACGCAGCUGCCAAAGUCUCACACUUGUUUCAACCGUAUCGAUCUGCCCGCGUACAAGACUUACGAGGCGCUUGAGCAGAAGCUCACCCUUGCUGUCGAGGAGACCGUCGGCUUCGGCCAGGAGUAA